GUGUCCCAGACCGUCGCCAAACGCGGUCGCCAAGCGCUGGUGCAAGCGCUGUGCGCGGACGGCCUCAGCCUACAGCAGAAACUGACGGCGGCCGUUUUGCUCGGGAGCUACUGCGGGGCCGACCCGACGUUGGCGGCUGAGGCGCUGAGCUGUGCUGGCGUCAUUGAGAGCCUGGUCAAGCUCGCUCACGCACAGGCCCCAGAAGUGAGCAAGGACAUUCUGCCCGAGAUCCACGUCAUCGCGCGGCGCGUCUUCUUCCAGCUGGCCGGAUGCCCGCCACGUGGCACCACCAGAUCGCACGGCAGGCACGUGGUCGAGCUUCUUCUCCGCCUCGUCAGCACGCCGGACGCCCAUUCGGACGCGUCCGUCGGCGCCGGUCAACCCGGCAGCAGAACCGAAGCGGAACCGAAGCGGAACUGGGAAGCGGAGGCCAAAACGCCCGGGGCCUAUCAAGCGGGCGCCGUACGAAGCGUCAACGGUGCUGGGAAUGUGUAUCUGGGCGUGACAGAGACGGCGCAAAUCCGGGCGCUUGAUACGGACGUUCUGUUGGCGGAAAUGGACGCGAGAUUGGGCGUCCGAUUGGGGGCUCUGCGGGCCCUUGCGUGGCUCGUCGAGAACGUCCGGGAGGCCGUCGAUGUGGAGGCCCUCGACGUUCUGCUUCCGCUGUUGAGGACGGAAUCCGAGCGGAGCGACCGCCUGCAGCCGCUCGUCGCGUGCCUGUGGCAGCUGACGAGGAGCGGACAUAAGCCGGAGGGCAUGGCAAAGCGUAUUUGCGCGUCGGGCGAGGGACAGGGGUUGCGGCGGGUGAAGUUGGAGGAGGGGUCUGCCCGGGGAAAGGGGGAUCCGGCGGCGCAGCUGGACGGAACGGAAAGGGUGCUGGCCAGCGGAACGGACGGCGUGGACGGAUCGAAAGUGCCAACGGAGCCGCCGAACGGAACGCAGGAUCAUCAGGACUUUCCGACAGGCCUUGACUCCAUUCUGCACCUUCUUCGGAUCCUCCUAGGCUCGGUUCCGGAAGAGGGGGUGGAAACCUGGGCCACAGUCGCACCCCUGGUCGGGGUGAUUGUCAACGUCUCCACGUGGGCCCCCGAGAGCCGCGCGCUUAUCAUAAGGCACCGCCCCGACGGCGUCGCGCUGUUGCUGGACGUCCUUCGGACCGCCCAGAGCGCGGGCGCCGGCCAUAAGAGCGUGGAUCGGACCAUACGCUAUGUGAUGAUGGUCCUGAACGCCCUGGCGGGGGGAAAGACCUCGGGGCUGCGCGUUGUAGAAAGCGGGGGCGUGGAGCUCCUAGUCGCUGGGCUGCAGAGCGGAAUUCCGGCCGUCGUCCGGGAGAGCACCCUGGCGCUCGGCGCGCUUUUCCACACCUGCCGGGACGCUACGAAGGAGGUCAUGUCCCGGGGCGGAUAG